CAAAGAGACCCUCUUUCUAGGUCACGGGAUAACUUUGCCACACUGGAUUAAAGCCCUUCCAACGAACGAACGCAGGACUGCCCAAUGAACAACAUUGCCACUCCACUGGUGUGUGACUAGAUAAUAAUUAAUGAGCGUGUCCACGGGGUGUCCACCAACUGACUGACCAGCACGUCUGUGCACUCCGGCCAGUGCUCGUCCUAUGACACCUACAGACCAGGUAGACUCAGGUGUUUUCGGACUUACUUACCUCUGUCAAGUUGUGUCGGCUAGGUCGUGAGAGCUGUUUGUGAGACGUUAGGGACAAAACAGAUAGCCGACUACUACCAUGUGUAUGUGUGCAUGUGUUUCACUGUUUCACACCACCAGUGACUGAAACAUGUGUAUGUGUGUGUUUUCUGGACUCUUACCUGGGAAAUGUGGAAGCUAUACCUGUGACACAGGGGUAACUUGGAAUCAGGCCUGAGACCAUCAUAUCCACUGAAGGCAGUGAACCCUGCUGACAAGACAGCACAUCCCACGAAGAUUCAAGAUGACAGUGUUGUGUAUCGGCAGUCGAAAAGUAGUCAAGAGCAAGGCAGCAGAAUGAAACCUGUUCAACGCAGAGGCGAGAGCUUCAAUGUGGGCAAGUCGAAAGCCAGAAAUAAAGAAACCAGAUCUCCUCAAGAUCCUCCCUGGCCACAGACUCCCCCCGGCAGUGCGAGUCUUCACAGGAACUAUGUCAACUGUGACAGCUACAGCCAGGGUCAGUUACAGAGACGACAGUACUCCGAGAGCCAUCAGAAUGUCUCUAACCGCGGCUUGUCGCAGACGGGACACUCUGCCCUGACCAAAUCAACGCCUAGCCUAAAUGAUCCAGAACGGAAGCCGCCAGAUUUACAAGGACCAAUGAAAGUGCAACAUCCUGUUCUGUCUCCUUCGAAAUCUAGUCCCGAUAUCAAGAAAGAGGUGGGCAAGGAAAACCGGUAUAACCAGAGACCUACUAAUUUAAAUAUUAAAAGUUCGGAGAGAAAUAGUUACACCUGUUCGCCAUCACCGCGUGAAAAUUCAUGGAACAUGUACGGUGAUGAAUCGGGGCGAAGUUAUCUCGAAAAGCCAAACCUGAGUAUAUACACUUCGGGCGAGAUGGCAGAAUCGAAGAACAGAAAGUACGAAAGACGUUCUUUACCGCCUCACCUGCACAGGUAUCAGGCGGAUUAUGAAAAUAUUUCUGCUCUUGGGACAACUCCGCUGCAGAGUGAAAAAAUCUCCGAGAUCGAAGAUGAGUCUGACGAUUCUCCGGACAUGCCGCCGAGGUCACCAGACAUCAUGCCAGGCUCCAUUCCGAUGCCGCCAAUACGUGACCCAUCCACCCUGAAGUUUGUUCGCUACAGCCAGGUACACGAGAAGUACCCAUCCUGGCCAGUGACCAAGGCCAACGGAGCUGGGAAGCAGGCAGAGCCCAUUGCCACACGAGCUCAGUCCUGGACAGACCACACCAACACCAACAAGGAGCUGGUUGUGAAGGCUGAAAUAACCCGUCCAUCGGGGCUGAAUCCACUCAUGGAGAACCGUCCACAGACUGAGAGAAAGGGGGAUGAUGGAACGAAGAGAAUUGGCAGCGAUCCUGGUUUAAAAACUCAGUUUGUGUACGAUAAAUAUGGCAGAGUGAGACGAAAAAAUUACGACAAUGUGAACGGUAAGAAGUUUGAGGAUUUCUUGAUUUCGAAACCCGGAUACCCUCCCCCAAUGUUUGAUUCUGAUGGACACAAUUAUGGAGAUAAGGAAUACAGUGUGCCUUCCCCUCCAGAGCGUGACAUGCCUGGGGUGGAACUUUCGGAGCUGUCAGACAAACUUGUGUCAUCUUCGUCUGCAUCAGCUCCAGAUAAACGUGCAGAAAAUGUUCAUUCUAAUAACCAUUCAAAUUACAUUCCAAAGGAUAGUGUUCAAGGAGAUUCGAGAAGGACAAGUAGUCAUGAAUAUUCUUCUUCAAGGGACAGAGGUAACAAGUUAGAUUCUGGAACUAGUCCAAUGAAUAGUCCCCUCGAGGAAAAACAUCCCUUGAGAAUGGUGAAUAAACAAACUGAAAACAAGUCUCAUUUGGAUUCUAGUUCCCAUUUAGAAGCAAAACAAAGUGGAAAAAAGGGAGAGCAGGAUAGUAGUAGGCAGGCUUCUCAAGGGAAGGCGUAUAUUGUGAAACAGACACCAUAUUAUAAUACCAGCACACAAACCGAUGUGUCGUCCUAUGCAAUCAAAUCAUCUGUGUGCCGAACUGAACCCAGACCGUGCAAUGCCAAGAUUGAGGUGAAUGAUUUCGGUGGUCAAACAUCCCCAACUUCACCUGACGAACAGAGAAAACUGUUUGAGGAGAAAUCAAUUCAGGCCAGGAUGUCAUGCCAGCAGCAAGAUAUGGAUCGUGAGAGAAACCAGUCAGGUGAUAAGACUGAACCAGGCCAAGGCAGCUAUUUCAACUUCAGUGCCUCAAAAGACCGUCCCAAUGAGAAGGCAACGUUUGAAGGAAUCGAAAGUAUCAAAGCAAAAUAUGCAACAGAUGAAGAUCCAGAGGAAAAGUUUGAGAAUGCAAGUAGUUACAUUCCACACUACACGGAAUACACCCCAAGCAUGGCCCCGAUACUUAGGAAACUGUCUGAAGAGUUUUACCGAGGACGGCUUCCAUCUUUAGCAGAAAAACAUUUGUCAUCGGCAUCAUCUCAGGAUGCUGGCCAUCAGGGAGGACUCAAAGAGGCCGAGUCAUAUAGUAGUGUUGUGAUCCAUCCAUCAGAAAGCUCUGGACCAUUUGGUCGAGAUGAGUUUGGUUCGCGUUCAAGCUUGUCUGACUCACGUUGUGAUGUAUCUUUGGUGAUGUCAGAGAAUGUGUCCAGUUCAAGAGCCUCUUCCUUGUCUCGAGGAAGACAUAGCCUGGAUCCAUCGAUUUUCUCUCACAGGAAUCGGCAAUUCGGUGAUCCGAGAUAUAGUUCCUCUUCUUCGGUGCUGUCUCAUGAUAGAGGAAAGUGUCUUUCAGGAUCAGAGAGGGAAGGUUCUCAGAAGGACUACGAGUCUGUGCCUCAUGAGAACAGAUUGCGAUCAUCCCGUCAGAGUUCAGACUCCUCUGUGCCUUCACAACCAAAGAGUUCCUCGGACACUCGUUCGUCAGGAAGCACUCAGUUCAGUGACUCACCUCAGAGUCAUGUUCCAGCCAGAUACAGUCAGGAUGAUAUGUACAAUGAUUCUGUGUUUGUUGGUGAGGAGAAAUCACCUGUGUCUCCUUCGGAUCAUGGUGGAGGGAAAACUAAUUCAGACAGCACAGGACAGUCCAGUGCAAGUGUGACUAGAAAACACUCAAUGAAAAAGGCUUAUGGAAUAUUUGAGGAAGGUGAGGGUGACCAACCUCAUUACAAAGACUUUGCUGAUCAGAAGGCUCUGGCUUCUUCUGUGGACUAUGUGCAUAUGCACCAGCCAAACAGUGCCCGGAGUGAUUCGACACCAUUGGACCAGAUUCAGGAAGAAGGUGAAGUUGAGUCCAGCCACAGACCGACAUCUGCACCUUCUCGUACUGAAACAAUGUUAAAAUCCCCAAAUGAGAAGAAAGUACCAAGCUCAAAUGACUGGCGUGCCACACGGGACAUGUGGCGGGAUGAGCACGCCGCAAAGAGAGGAAGUUUAAAACGCACGACAUCGGAACAGAUCCCAUCACCAAAGGAGAGAUCUGACCAAUGUAAGUUUAGUGGUGCAGACCAUAAAGGCUUGACUGGUAGCUACAAGGGGACCGGGCCCGAUCCAUCUAAAAUAACCAGGUUAGACGAUCAGGAGGUUCCUUUGUUAUCUGGGCAUAACUACACCAAGUCUGAUUCCUCGGAAACGAAAAAGCAGCAGCAGCAGGCUCUGUUGAGUUUCUUUGAGCGGAAGACUGGCAAGAAAGGCGUUUCUGGCAGCUGUUCCUCACAGGACAGUGACCAGUCUCCACGCAACAGCAGCUCGAACCAGUACGAUCACAUCUCGCCCUCGUCCCCGACAUCAUCGGUGAACGAUAUCAUCACCAAGGCGUCGGAGAAUCUGAAGAACUCAAAGGCCAAACGCUCGGACAGUUUACGACGUUCCGGAUCUUCAACAUCUUCACCCCGCAGUUCAGCGGACUAUGUGGAUAUGAAUCGACAGAGAAAGGUCACAGAAUGGAGUCAGCUGCGUUCCCAGGGCUCGUUCAGUUACAGUCCCGGGCCGUCAAACCGGAGCUCAUUUGCUUCAGAACACCCUUAUGAGGAUAUCAGUGUGUUCUCGCCUCACACCCCACGCAAUUCCAUGUCUGAACGACCCAUUGAGGAAAAUGGUAGCACAAUGGCAAACAGCUGUGAAUCACCUCUGUCUUCCAGACCCAGAGAUCUUGGAGUGGGGGGCAGCAUGGAUUCCGGCAUGGUAGUUUCCCCAACCUAUCAGAAUCUGUACCAAACUCAGCGGCGCCCUCCCCCUCCUCUCCCCAGUGAAGACGACACACCGCCAGCACUGCCGCCUCGUAACUACCGGAAACAGUCAGCACCAGCCUCGACGACGACAACGUCAACAUCGCUGAUGGCAAUCAGCCCGUCGCCGAACGAGCCAGGGCCGCAGGUAACGGGUGAGGAGAGCAGCAUCGACAGCACAAAGCUGGAGUUCCGCAGCCUGCUCACCCAGUGGGAGACGCACUCUCCGCGCGAAGAGUCGCAGUACGCAGACCAGCUCCGCAAACAGGCCAGUCGGCGCUACUCAGAGCAACACCGGCCCAAUGCCAUGCCCAUGAGCAUCAUCCAGUCGAGGACCAAGAUCAACUUCUCAACCUCAUUCAAACGAGAGCCCAUGAUCGCUCAAGAGGCCACACAGCCGGGGACCAACAGUUCCGUGGUUAACUCCUCUUCCGGGGACCAGUCCCAGAUGGUUGGGGAUAACAGUCAGAGUGCGUUUGUUGUUGUGGAGAAUAAUAAUAAUAAUAUUAAUAAUAGCAAGAAUGAUGGUGAGGUCAGUCAGAAGUUGUUGCAAAAGUCGCAGCUUGCAGAGGGAAAUGGUCAGGUGAAAAGGGAGAGAAUUUUGUCUGACGUGCCACCAAUGCCUUCACCACCACUAAAUAUUGAAGAAGUGAAGUCUUCUGAUGAAGAGUUGCCUCCCCCUCCUCCAGCGCUAAUAGAAGGAAGGAGUAUUGAAGAGAAUGGAGAGAAUAAUAAAUUUGCUGAUGACUCUUAUGGUGCCUAUGUCAGUAGAAGUCGGCGUGAAGUCGGCACAUACAAGCGAUCCAUUUCAGCAGCUACAUUGAAUUCUGAUAACAACAAUUACAAGCUCUGCACUGAAGCGAGUUCUCAGUUCAGUGACAAACCUCUUGGCAAACAUUCGUGGAACAGUGAUUCUGCCCUCAGCAAAGCAGGCUCUUCCUUACGUCCUGCAAGAGAGCCUGAUGAUAACAGUGUCCUGAGGUCGAGCAAGGAGGCUGUGGAUAGUGCUCCACUAAAGACUGUGAGGGAAUCCAAUGAUGAAUCCCAGUUGAAAUCUAAUGCAGAGACUAAUGAUGGAUCCCACUUGAGGUAUAGCAGGGAGAUUAGUGAUGACUCCCAGCCUAGAAGAGUCCGGGAGGCAAAUGAUGUCUCACAGUUGUCCAACAGGGAUGUAAAUGAUCGCUCUCAUUUGAGGGCCAACAGAGAAUCUGAUGAUGCUUCUCAGUUAAGAUCCAACAGGGAGUCAGGUGAUAGCUCCCACUUGAGGGCUAACAGAGAGUCAAGUGAUGGAUCCCAGUUGAGAGCUAACAGAGAGUCAGGUGAUGGGUCCCAUUUGAGGGCUAACAGAGAGUCAGGUGAUGGGUCCCAUUUGAGGGCCAACAGGGACUUCAAUGAUGUUUCACGGACUAGGUAUAAUAAGGAGGUGAAUGAUGGGUCCCAGUUGAGUGGCGGUUCCCAUGCGAAGGCGAGGAGGGAUUCUAACGACUCCAGAGCAGUGAAAGGAGCUGGUGCUUGUGAAUCUUCAGGACCUGUUCCAACCUUUAAAGUGGAAAGUUCUAAUGUGAGAACCGGAGUGAGGUCUUCUGCCCAUGCACUGCAGUCACCACUAGGAGGUAUUAAAAGUACCAACCAUGUCUACUCACCCAGACCUUUCGUUUCAGACAAAUCACCUGCUGUGAAUGACAGUGAAAGAAAUAGUGAUAAGGGAAGAACAUUUGGCAAGACGCCCAGUUCCGUGAGAGACCGAAUUCAUAAGUUAGAGAAGGAAACCGUUCGGACAGUAGGCUCACCUGCUAGUGUUUCUUCGUUAGAUUCACCAAGUAGUUCUGAACCCAUUCGGACAUCAUCACCCAAGCACAAUGCUGGGCAGUUGUCUAGUAACAGUUCUUGGAAAACUCAAGAAAACCUCUGUAGUCCUACACAUAAUCUGAACUCAAAUUCACAGAGGAUUCUUGAUUCGUGGGAGGAGGACAAACAAAAGAAAAAGUUUAAUUAUGCAAGUACCAAUUCUGAUAGGAAGGGAAGCUCUGGGGAUGUUAGUGCCCAGCCAUACCCCUCUCCACAGAGACACAAAGAUCAAAGUGCUCCUACAACUAACAAAACAACACAAAGACAACCAGAACAUUUAGGAGGUCAAAGGACAUCUAGUCAGUCCUGUAAUCAUAGGUAUUCGGAUCAGUCUCGUGCUCAAAACCUACGCAAUGAUCUAGACUCUUCUAUGUCAUCCAAUGAUUCGGGAAUAGACAGGACUCAGGAUCGUGAAACUCAUAAAGGUCAAAGGUCUUUUAACAACAGUGCCAAUCAAAGACUACACGAUUCUUCUGUGAAGCAUUCUGUGAGUAAUCAUUCUCAGAGGGAGUCUGCUAAUCAUCCACACAAAGCGCCAGACUCGUAUGGCAUUCAAGGAAGCCAGGACAAUUUCUCACCUAACAGACAAGAUGUGCAAUUUGACCAAAAGUCGUCAUCUUCUUCUUCAUCAGAGUAUACUAGAAAUCAAAGAGAUAUGGACAAUGUUGGCAUUCAGAGGCGUCAAGGACAGUUUGUGGAUGAUAACAACAAACCACAGAGUGAUGAUAAGAGUAAGAGUAACGAGGAGCUGAGUCAGAAUCUGACUGUGGAGAAUGUUUCGCAAGAGUCUAUGACGUCGAGUCACGGCAGACAGCCCUCGCAGGAGGAGAUCGAGUGUGACCUCCAGGCCCAGGAGCUGGCCAAGGAGCUGGAGGAGAAGGACAAGAAGCUGUGUGAGGUGCUGAGGCAGGACCCCAACAAGAAGAGGAUGCAGUACAUGGACGGCAUCUUCACCAACAACGAUGUAGACAGAAAGCCUGCCGCCGUGAGACGCUCGCCAAAUGGUACCAAUUUUGUUGGGGAGAGGAAGGUUUCUCCAGAGAGUAACACAAGGAGUGCUCUUCCUGCUACUUACUUCAAGUCUCCUCCUAAAGCCCUUGUGGAGAUAAAACUGAGAAUGAAUGAGGAGGCAAACAAGGACCUCAUUGGUGACAUCCAGGACAACGACGCCCUCAAGAAGCAGAAGGAGGAACUGAUGGAGAAGCUGUAUGUGAAGCUGGAUAUCCUCAAGGAAGAGAAGAUGAGUCUGGAACAGGAAAUCAUAGAGAAUGAGGCUCUUGGCAAGAGGGUAAAACAAAUGGUAGAGGAGCGAUGCCGCACGGAACAUGAGAAGCAGAAGUUCUUUUCGUACAUUGACGACCUGGAGAAGAUCGUCCGUCUACUCCUCAACCUGGCAGGGCAGCUCGCUCGGGCAGAAAAUGCAAUACAAAGUCUGCCGGACAACGUGGAUCCCAAAAUCAAGAAAAUGACCAUAGACAAAAAAGAGAGACUGAACUCCAAACAGGAAGAUGCCAAACGCCUAAAGGAGGACAUUGAUGACCGCAGUGAUCAAGUUUCGUCGUUCCUCAAGGAUUCCCUGCUGCCUGACCAAUUCGAGGACUAUUGUUACUACAUCAAGAUGAAAUCCAAACUUACAAUAGACUUCCAGGAACUCGAGGACAAGCUAACACUGGGCGAUGAGCAGAUUCAGGAACUCAGGAAGAGCAUUCCGGAUAAAUAGCAUUUAAUUUCGACUGUAUGGACAGCAUGGGAAAGUGACUAGUGUACUUGUACAUAAAUUGUGUUGGUACAGACGUCUGUUGUACUACUGUGUUGGUACAGAUGUCUGUUGUACUUCUGCAGAUGUUUUAUGUAUGUCUGCUAUGUUGGUACAGAUGUCUGUUGUGCUACUACAAAUGUGUACUCUUUGACACGGACUCUACAACAAAGGACUGUGAUUUCAUGGUGCAGAAUGGACUAUGUGCUACCAAAUAAUAUUUAAGAAAAAUAGUUUUGAAGAUGACCUUUUUUAUAAAAACAAAAAAUGUCUCAUUUAAAAUGUUUUCAGUUGUGAUAUUAAAAAUGUUCUUUUGUAAUAUUUUUUGUCUUUCUCAAAGAAAGAAUGUGUUUUUUUUGUCUUGGAUUUAAAUAUAGUUGUGAAUUGAGGGGAAGUUUGAGUUGCAGAUAAAAAAUGACAUGGAUAAUAUUCUUCGAUAUAUUUUUGAAAGGAUAAGUUGUACAUUAUUGUGCAUUUUCAUGUGAUUCACUGUUUACAAAAUAAAGCAUGCAAACCAGUUUCCUUGAUAACUCAGAGUUCUUCACAAAAUUUCACUUGUGAACUUGCAACCAGUUAAUAAAAUAUUUGAAGCUAAAAUUUACAGUCAGAAGAAAACAUUAUAUGAAGACUGGAACAGAAUAUGGCUUUCCACCUGUGCUCAACUAAACUGAGGAUACUUUCUGUGUUUAAAAGAUGUUUAUUGAGUUUGAAAAUGAUUAGAUUAUACUGGUUGUGAAAUGGAAUUAAUCAAGAAGUGUGCUGUACAAACAAAGAACAAAAUAUUUUAAUAACUUAAAACUUGCGAUUCAUGUCCACAAUAGAAACAUGUUUUGUUGAAAAGUUGUAUUUUAUUUUUAUUAUGCUGUAUUUUUCGAAAUCAUCCACAAAAUGGGCAUCUGACAAUUGUACAUACGUAAAUGUGAUCAUAUGACAGGAGGGGGAAUGGGUGAGGGUUCUAGGAGGGGACCUGGGUCAGGCUUUCUAGAUUUGUGUCACUGUCAUCAUUAAUUAUAUCAUCAUGAUUGAUUACAGGAAAUGUACAUUUCCCAUACCUAUUUGGCUAUAAAAGUGAUCAAAAGAAAGUUAAUUUAAACUAUUUCUAAUUUUAAAAACCCAGCUACUCUUAAAAAAAAAUUCAUUGGGAUGAAUGGAAGAAAGCAGUUUUAAAUAUGCUUACCACCUAAUAAAGCAAAUAUAUUUUGUAACCAUCCACAAACUGCAUCAUCUAAAAUUCCAUAUGCAUAAGUUCGAAUAAAUGUAUUUUUUAAAUUUGGUACAUGCACUAGAAAUGAAAAUUUUGGUAUUGUAAAUAGUAAUAUAUAAGCAUAUGAGCAUGGUCUUAACAAAUUAUGAUGGUAGUUAUGAAGUCAUUGUCUUUCACAUACAGAAGGCCUACACCAACAAGUAUUAUAUAAAUUAACAGAUGUUGCUAAGCUAUUUGUUCAUGGGUCAUAGAUCCCCCAAUGGCCAUAGGUAGUCUUAAAUGGGUUUUUUGGGGGGUGGGGGUAGGGAUGGCUGGGUAGGAUCUAGAUUGCUUUCCUUAAUAUCACUGAUGUUGGAAGUCCAGAUGCUAGGCUGCCAGGUUCCCAUGGCAACACCACUGCUUAGACCAACAUUUCACUAAGCUAAUAUAUCAUUAUUUAGAAGAACCUAUGCACAUUUUUAUGUUAUCUUUCACCAUUACAAAUAUUUUGGCAAAAUCACGCACCCAUGAAACUCAAUGAUUUUACAGAACUAAUGUAAAAGGAAAUAUGUUAUUCAUGUACUACACUAAUGGAAUAUUAAUGAAUAAAUGUAUGUAUGACAAAUUUCCCAUUAUAAUUACAUAGUCCCUGUGUUGCCAAAAUGUCUCCCAGCCCUCUUCUCAGUUUCUGGUUUAAGCCUAUUCUAACUCCCAUGUCUCACUGUGUAAUGCUGUUCAGUUUCUGAUGAAUGUUUGCUGGAAUUCUGAUCACUACUACAGCACUUGUUAAUGUGUUCAUUUGUUGGUAAACCAGGAACCAAACAUCUCUAUUUUGAGAUCAACUGAAAAUUCUGUCAUUUCAUUUGCCAAAUAAAGUGUAAUAUGAAACAUGAAA